GCACUCUCAUUAAGAGGAACCUCUCCGAGAUCCAGCAGUUCAGUUCGCCGAGGAGAGAGUUCGUAUCCAGCCUGAAUUAGAAGAGGGGAGCUAAGUGCAAGAGAGUCAACUGCGCUUUCAGCAACUGAAAGUUUUGUUGUUUAACGUUAGUGUCCCGCGUUCUCUAAUUCUAAAUCGCCUACAAGAAUGGAAUAUUGUGCAACACGUUAGAACCGCGAUCAUAUGGACAACUUCUAGAACUACGUAUAGAGAUCGAUCGACGGUCAACAUGGUCUAAAGGUAUUGCUUUGGGGAAAGUGAUAUCUUUAUUUACAGAUUUGAACCCGGUAUGGAACCUGAAGAGAACCGCAAUUAAAGGACCAGCUACUGGAUAUCUUCUGAGACUUAUAUCAACUUUUGACUGACAAGGAACGCCUGGGAGAGAGUUUCGCCUGGUUUUUGUAUUCAGCUCUCCCAGAAAUGGUGGGGCACCUACAUUUACAAGCUAUGGAUGACAGUCUAAAAGGAAAGAACAGGGAAGGGUUGCUCGACAGUCCGGAUUCUGGGCUUCCCCCUAGCCCAAGUCCGCCCUUCUAUUCCCUGUCCCCGGCACUGCUAGAGACGCGAUCCGCCAGCUGCACAACUUCGGCUGAACACCAUGGAGACUAUAAGAAGAAGGAGAGCAAAGAAGGCAAGCUGCUGCCUUAUCUCCUCCUGAACUCCACGGGAUUGGACAUCAAGGGUCGUAUGCACCCUGUGUUCUUUGGUGAGAGCAUCAAGGUGAACCCAAAACCAGAGCAAGAGAUCAGGUGCAAUUCGGAGGUGAAAUACGACUCGGACAAGCACUACCGGGACCAGGUGUACUGCGCGCCGGUUCCCACGGUGACCUCCUACAGCGAGACCAUCGUGGCGGUGCGCAACUGCACGUGGCGGAGCUACAAAUCGGAGCUGCAUUUCGAGCCGCGCCAGAGGCCCCUGCACUUCCAGAGCACCACCAUCAUCUUCCCCAAGCACGCCAAGAACAUUUACCGCACCACGCUCCACUACAACGCCUCCGGGACCCGCCGCUGGUUCGUCUCCAGCGUCCAGCUGGAGUCCAGCGAGGACGCCAGCCCCUGCAUCAUCUACACAGAGGACAUGUAAAAUAUACAUAUAUAUAAUCCCCUUUGCCCCUCGCCGUACCCAUCUUCCCCCCCUGGGUAGAUAAAGUAUGUGUGUGAGAGUGUGAGAGAUGGCUGAGGGAACCUUUUCUCUGGGUGUAUAGGUACUUGAAAAUAUGCAUAUAUUUUGCUUCACGUAUAUGCUAUUAGCGACCAAGUAUUUAAUUAUUUAUCUCACUUUUGACUCGCAUUUGAUCUACCAAGUUAUUGGUCGAGGCUAAAUGGAUAAAGGGAAGGUAACAAGUGACCCAUUUGUUACAAUACCCGUGUUUCCCAUCAGUCCACGGGCAUGGCUUCAUUUCAAUGCUGAAAUGCAGGGAUUUAACGGACAUGGGCUUUGCCCAUCAGGGGUACCAUAUGGCAGGCAGAAACAUGAAAACCUUAGCAAGCAAAUUAAAUAAGCAUUUAAACUCCUACUCUUUAUUCUGCACCAAAGAAGAAGAACGAAAAUCAAUGAAAAGCAGCGAGAGCCAAUUCACUCUGGAGAGACAUUCAGAGGAAACGGGUUAGAAAUGUGAAAGGCAGCAUCAACGCUGCGCUGAGAUUUACCAUGUGCAUAAUGUGCGUGUAUUUCGCAUAAUGACCGAAUCAGGCUUUCAAGACCACUGCAUUCUCUUGACAUCGUACAGAAAUUAGAGCAGUUUCAUUUUUAAAAAUUAACAUUUAAACAGGAGCAGUGCGAAUACAAAUAAGAACACUUGUCCAGCCAGCCGAACGGUCGUAAGAAACCUGUUUAAAUGAAAGCUGUGUGGAAGUCUGCUUGUAUCAGCAGUAAAGUGGCAAUGGGUCCUGUGCUAGCUUUGCUUCCUGGCUCAUUCAUCCCAUUUAGCGCAGCGGAGUCCCAUAAACAUUGCAGUCACCACCUCCCCAUGUCCAGGAACGAUGUUGGUUAAGCUAAAUUCCUUAAAGGCUUGAAAGUACUAGUCUGGGCUUUUUUAUUGCUCGCAUAACAGUGGCUGAUGCAUCUCGCUGGCUGUAAAGUUUUAUACGGAGCAUAAAGCAUUCUGGGUUGGAAUGCAACAGUGAACAGUGAAUGCGAUCUUGAACUCAUUACCGUCUUGGAGGAGGGGAUUUGGGGGUGAUUUGAGGUGCGCUUCGAAACUCCCGUCAUUUUAAGUAUGAAUAUUUCCUUUAUUACUAGACGAAUUUGAUGGUGUUGGCGAGGGGAAAGGAAAACAAAGUUACGUUCGCAGGCGUGUCAAAGGUUGGACCGAAGACAUCACACUGGGGAGGUCUCUGCCCUCUAAGCAAUCUCAGCCUCUCUCAGUGUUAUCAGGUUCCCAGAUGGUCACGACUGAUAUGGUUAGCGCCGCAAGCUGGAACAUCUCUCAGCGCUGACAGGCUUUCCUGCAUCAAACAGCCAGGGAACCCGAUAUCACUGUUCUUCAAAGCUUGUGUGAGCAACUCGGCCAAUCUCGCAGUUCCAACCGUUGUGAUCUCACUGACGCGUUUACAGUGUGUGCACUGAAUCUGGAGUGACUCUGAAUCGGGAUCAGUUUGGCCAGUCUGGCCGUGGCACACUGCAGUGAGGCCCCUUCAGUGCGUGUGCUGUAAGAGUAGGACGUGCAGUGUUGGGGGAGCCGUUUAAGAAAAGCAGAGUUUAUGUUAUGUUUAAUGUGGCUGGGGCCUUGGCUUAGCUCAGGACCCAGGGACAGACAAGAAGCACUAUGAACAGCAAAUCUGCCUUUUACGGCUUGUCAGCACUGCGGACGAAUGCUUUGAUACUUUGUUAGUAGAAGCCUGUUUCCCACCUGGAACAGUGUGAACGUAUAGGCUUGAUCGGCCAAGGAGAAGAAACGGCCUCACAGAUUUCCCGUGUUCCUUUAUUUUAAUGUUUUAAAAAGAAAUAGCUUACCGUUAAAAAGAGAUGUCGUAUUCACGUUGACACGCUGUCAUAUUCACAUGAAUACAACAUGACCUGCCAAACAUUUCUAAUUUUGGAAAAGGGUUACCUAUCACCCAGAGAGGGUGAGAGCGAUGGAGACAGAGAAAGAGACUGAGUGUGAGAGAGAGAGAGCGCGAGAGCACGCACUGUAUCUACCCUGAGGAACACCAAGUUCAGAGAGAACGAUCCUAACUUUUUCCAGUGCACAGAGUCUAAUGAAAGGAUUUAAUCAUAUUUGUCAUCUGUCCGUCUUUGUUGUUUGCUUUGCAAAAAUGUGGACUUUGGCAGUAAAGCGCUCCUGGCAGUAGGAGCUGGGAAUUGUACUUUAAAUGGUGACCAAAGUUUGAGUGAGAGAAACAGACAGAAUUACUAGACUACCCAAGGGUUUAAAAAAAAAAAAAA